AUGGCUACUGUUCAAUGGGUUUAUGCUAAUGGCUGUAACUGGGUUACGCUUGACGCUCUUGCUCAACAACACAUUGAAAACCUAUGGCAUCAUAAUUCUUCAAGUUGGAUUCAAAGUAAAAGUUUCAACAGACCGGUGUAUAUCGAUAUAGAACAAAUGCUCUUAUUAUGUAAUGGCAUGUCGUAUAGUAUUGCUCGACGCAGGGCGUAG